AUGACGAACAGUGCGGUCGUUGUUGAAGUUACUGCUUCAGAAGAGUCGAACUCGCCAAAGAAACAAAAUGAAUAUAUUGGACUUUGGAAGACUUUGGAGAUUGUGAGAAAGAAACAAAAGAGAGAUCUUGGAAUUUGGGAGAGGUUGGGGAUUAAGGAUAUGAUUCAUGUGGUAAGUUAGUUUGAAUACAGUAAAAGCUUUUUUCUUUAUUUGUUGCCAGGGCCGGGCGGGGAUUUUUGGUCUGCAGGCGGAGGUCAAAAAAAUCGGCCCAAAAGCUACCUGUGCCGACAUUUUGAAUAAAAUUUUUUUCAAAAAGUCACAGGGUACCACGUUCAACUUUUCGAAAAUUUUUUUUUGGGGGGGUCUCCCAGCGCCCGGCCUUGUUUGGCGCCAUUUUUAAUUUAUCGCCUUUUUCAAAAUCGAUAUAACUUCAUUUUUAGUCGACAGAAAUCUGCUUGUUGUUAUUGGGUUUGUGCCAGUUCUUAUUCUCUGCAUACUGCUGCCUAUCUGCUACCGCCUUCGUUCUACCGUUGCUUACCCUACUCGGUGUUAUUUUCUACGCUUGGUCACAUGGAAGCAAGACAGCGUUGAUUUAUAACUUGUUGGUCGUUUUUUUGCUCAACCUGGGUAAUGUGUUUGAGGCAGAUAGAGUUAUGGAUAGAGCAAACACCGGGUAAGUUUUACAGGGUGUCCCAAGAAAAACGAAAAAAACUAAAACGUUAUAUUUUAAUUGAGAAAAAUGCUAAAAAUGCCAAACUUGGCACUGUCAAAGAUUGGCACAUGCGGUUUUUUAUCCUAAAAUUUCAGAUUUUUUAAGUGCAUAAUAAGGGCAUUAUUAUUUUUGAAAGGUGGUCAUUUUCCCUGCAAUUACACAUGUUUUCAGUUGGAAAUGCUUUUUUUGGUAUAAAUUUUUAAGUUUUUGACAAAUUUUUGGUUGAAAAUGACAUUUUUGACUAAGUUUUUGAUUUUCAAUCGUCGGCGGGUGUCGGCGGAGACCCGGCGGACUCAUAAAAUUGUCAAUAUGCAAAAAAAGUUAAAUUAAAGAAGAUAUAAAGUUUAAAAAUUUCCAGAAAGUUGUAUAAAUACGUACGUUCAAAAAUUAUGAAAAAAAAUUUCUUUAACGUUUAAACAGCAAAAAUAUCACGUUUUUGAUUUUUUGUUGUUAAACGAAGUAAAAGAGCAAAUACGUUAAAAUUGCGAAGUUAUUUGUGCAAUUUAAAUAAUAAACUUAAAAACCGGUUUUCCUUAUUCAUUUACUUAGGCUUUUAUUAUUUUCUGUGUUUCAACAACUUUGAAUCUCAGUUUUGCAUUAGUCAACAUAGCCUUGAUAAUUCUAAAACUAAUACUUUUUGUUUCAUAUCUUUACGUUAUGUUUGAAGCGAGUUAUAACCUCCUCCGACAAUUUUAAGCGUCCGCCGGGUCUCCGCCGACACUCCGCCGACAAUUGAAAAUCAAAAACAUAGUCAAAAAUGUCAUUUUCAACCAAAAAUUUGUCAAAAACAGAAAUUUUUAACAAAAAAAGCAUUUCCAACUGAAAACAUGUGUAAUUGCAGGGAAAAUGACCACCUUUCAAAAAUAAUAAUGCCCUUAUUAUGCACUUAAAAAAUCUGAAAUUUUAGGAUAAAAAACCGCAUGUGCCAAUCUUUGACAGUGCCAAGUUUGGCAUUUUUUGCAUUUUUAUCAAUAAAAAAAUAACGUUUUAGUUUUUUUCGUUUUUCUUGGGACACCCUGUAA